AAAUGGAAGCCGUCGCUGGAGCGAGACCCCGGCGGCCUCUCAGGCUCCCGGCGCAGGAAACAGCUGGGUAAAGUGAAGGAGAAGAAGAAGCCGGGGAGGCCACCGAAACACCCGAGUGCCAGGGCCCGGAGCAGCGUGCUCUGCUCCAAGAGCCGGCGGAACCGCAAGUGCGGGGAGUGUGAGGCCUGUCUGCUGAAAGCCGACUGCGGCCGCUGCGACUUCUGCCGGGACAAGCCCAAGUUCGGCGGCGAGAACCUCAAGCGCCAGAAGUGCCGCUGGAGACAGUGCCUGCGCUUCGCAAUGAAGCGGCUGCUGCCGGCGGUGUGGAGCCGCGGGCAGGCGGAGGAGGGGGCGGGGGCGCUAGCCCCCCGGAAGGCCUGGAGGCGCAGGAUCGGCCGCAGCCGCCAGCCGGCCCGGAUCAAGCAGGUGGGGCGGCGGGUCAAGGGGAGCGGCCAGCAGCGCUGGGCUCGGGGCAGUGCCCCGCCGCAGGAGAAGGAGUGCCCGCCGGGUGGGGAGCUGCGGUUCCUGGCGGAGAAGGGGGUCGCCGAGGCGCCCGGGCAGCUGGUGCUGCUGAAGGAUCGGCCGGGCAGGGACUUUGUCCUGCUCCGCGACGCCCCCCAGAGCUUCCCCCUCCUGCUGCAGCACGUGAAGGAGGAGCCAGCCACACCCCCGCCCCCUGCCCACCUGGAGGAGCCGGCCCCCACCCUGCUCCGUGCCGCCCCGCCCCUGGUGAAGCAGGAGAAGGUGGAGCCUGGAUGGGACCUUGCACCGGUGCCGGCCGGGGUGCCCCUGCGGAUGGAGGGCCGGGGGCUGGCCAGGGAAGUGGUGGUAUUGGACCCAGCUGACAAGGACGAGGAGGAGGAGGAGCGCACCCCGGUGAUCAUGGAGAUCUACAGCCUGGGGGCGCUGGCGGGGCGGGCGCCCCUGGACCCGGUGCUGCGGGAGUUCCUGGCCGAGCUGCAGGAGAUCCCGUUGCCGGCCCAUUGGGAGGUGCAGCCGCCCCUGGGGGGGCCCGACCUGCGGCUGGUCCAGCGCUCGGCCCGCUCCACCAUGGCUGCCACCGUCAUCCACAUCCGCCCGGGCCUCUUCUUCCAGGUGGUGGCGCGCCAGCUGCCCGUGCCCCCCGAGCACGAGGUCUACGCCAGCCACCCCGCCCGCCUCACCACCGUGGACGAGGUGGUGGAGCUGAUCUGCGACCUGGAGGCCUAUCGGCUCUGCCCCGGCUGGCCGGCCGGCUGGCACGCCGGGCAGCGCUCCCAGGCCUGCGACGUGCUGGUCUACUCGGGCUGCUGCCCACAGUGCCGCCUCAACCCAUGGCCCUCGGGCAGCGCCGGCCCCUAGUGCCCCCCGCGCCCCCAGAGCUUCUAUUUUUGACACUGGAAUCGGCUGGACCCUGCCGGGUUGGGGGUGAGGGGGGGGCAGAGGUGGGUGCGGCCGGGGGGGGGGGGGGUGGCGGCGGCACCAGUUUGUUUUCGUUGCUUGUUUGUCCCCCUUCCGGGCCGGGGGAGGGCUGAAGGGACAUUCUCCCCCCCCCCAUGGUCACAUGAGCGGCUCUAGCCAAUGAGGAGCUCUCUCCCCGUGAACCCCCCCAGGCAGGGCAGAGGGCUCCUUCUUCCUGAACCCCCCCCCUGCCCCCUUUGCAGUGACUUGGGGGGCAGGAAUUUCAGACGCCAUCUUAACUUGCUUUAACCCCCCCACCCAUUGACCUGGGUCUCCCACCUCCCCCACCCUUUGUGGGGGGACAGACCCAUGCCACCUUCUCCCCCCCCCAAGUGAUAGCUUCAUCUCCACCAUGGGGGGGGUACUCCCCCUUUCUCCCUCUCCUCCCCCCCCUCCCAGUUUAGGCUCCUGUUUUAAAACUUGAAUUCUUCCUUGGUGGCGAUUUUUCUGCUGCAGGGGGGAGGGGACAGCUCCCGGGGGGUGGGGGGGGGAAGGUUAGAGGACACGGGUUGCUCGGGGGGGGGG